GUAAGAAAACAAACAUUAAAGUCAAACUCAAACUAUCUUAUGGUCGCCGAUUUCAACACGAUUAUUUCAUUUAAACUUUCUCUUUCCAAAAUUCGCUAUAUAAAAAAUCUUCUUCAUUACCCUGGUUAUGCAUAUACCUAUUUUCACAGAACUCCGGCAGGUUUCAAUUUCCGUUCCUCUUUUUUUAUCUUCUUCUCAGAAAGAAAAGAAGAUUUUUUAAUGGCACCAAGAGAGAAAACUGUGAAUGGAAAUGGUGUUAAAGGAAAGAUUAAUGGAGGAGAAACUGUAAAAGAAGUACAUUAUAGAGGUGUAAGAAAGAGGCCGUGGGGAAGAUACGCGGCGGAGAUCAGAGAUCCUGGUAAAAAAAGUAGGGUUUGGUUAGGUACUUUUGAUACAGCUGAAGAUGCUGCAAGAGCUUAUGAUACUGCUGCUAGAGAAUUCCGUGGAUCAAAAGCUAAAACUAAUUUCCCCUUUCCAUCAUCAUCCCAACCUAAUAAUUCUUCAUCUUCUGAGAUUAUCAAUCUUACAGGUAAUACUAAUGGUAAUAAGGAAAAUAAUAAUAGCAAUCAUAGUCCUAGUCAGAGUAGUACUGUUGAAUCAUCAACAAAUCGAGAAAGAUUUUCUUCUUCUCAGAUUAUUCAUCCUCCAACGUUAGAUCCUGGUCUGCUUCAUCGCAGCGGUGGUGGUCGGAUAAUGGGUGGUGGUGGAUCUGGAGCUGUUAUGUAUCCUUUUGGUCAUCCUCAAUAUCAACUUCAAAAUCCAGAUGGAGUGGUGCCAACUGCUCUUCCUCUGUUUUAUUUUGACGGGAUUCUAAGACCUGAUCAUCAGCAAAACCAUAACCAAACGCUAAAAUUUGAUCUUUCUGUAUCUGAUUUUCAUCACCAAUAUCAUCGUCAGAUGAACGGUAGUGGUAGUGUUCAUAGUGAUUCUGAUUCAUCAUGCGUUGUUGACAACAAUCAGAUCAUCUCAACUGAGAAAGCUGCAACUCUUGAUUUUGAUCUUAACUUACCUCCUCCAUCAGAAGUAGAUGCUUAAUUAAGAAGAGGAUUAGUCAAAGUCCCGUCGAUUUUUUCCAGAUAAUUAUCGCCGGCUUUAUAAUGCAAUUUUUUAUGCUCUAAAGUUCUCUAGAUGGUUUUUUUAAUGAAAAAGUCAUGGAGAAACAAAAAUUAGAGGGAGACGAAGACUCAAAGAAGCCCCUGGAUGUUGUUGUAUAUAUGCAAUGGUAAUUAUCCCCUUUUUUUUUGCAACUGAGAAAUUCAUUGAAAGAAUGAAUUUCUUAUUGUUGUUGUUGUAAUUUCUAUGUUUCACCGGUGCUUCUUACUUAGUUGUUACCUAAUAAUUAUUGUCAAUGAAAAAGGAAGAUUAAAAAUCAGUGAAGCUUUUGGUUGGAAUGGGUUUCAUUUAGCAA